AAGCCACCUACUUAUAAGAAUCCAUCAAUGUGAUCCGAGACCGAGGUAUACUCACAUAUCCAUCUCUACACACAUGCCUCCGAGUGUAGACGUAGACUCCAUCACCGCCUACCUCUCCUCCCUGGUCGAGGACCGCCCGCCCUCCGAGAUCGUGCUCGACGUCGGCCUCGUCUCAGUAGGCGUCUGGCUCCUGCUCAAGGGCAUCCGAGCCGCACGGAGCAGUCGACGGUCCCUCACCACGACCCGGCUCCGUGGGCCGCCGAACCCGAGCUUCCUCUUCGGUGUCGGCGAGCAGCUCGAGUUCGCGCCGAACCAGGACUCUGGCGCGCUAUUUGAGGCGUGGUCGAAGGAGUACGGCGCGGUGUAUCAGGUUCCCAGCGCGUUUGGGGCGCAGAGGGUCGUGCUAUUCGACGUGAGGGCGAUCGCACAUGUGUUUGCGCGGGAUGCAGGGCAUGUUCCGAGCUCAGCCGAGUCUGGAGAGGCUCCGGGAGCGAAGGGGACGUAUGAUCACUUGGCGUUUACGAAGUUGGCUGUGGCGAACUUGAUUGGAAAGGGAGUACUAUGGGCGAGCGGCGAUAACCACAAACGGCAACGUAAGGCGCUCACACCGGCGUUCAGCAACGCCGCUAUCCGAGAUGUAACGCCUAUAUUCUUUGACUCUGCAUACAAGGUCAAAAACAUCUGGGACGAGCUUUUGGCGAGCUCGUCUACCAACGACGAAGUUGUCGAAGUCCAGCGCUGGAUGAACCACAUCUCCCUCGACUCAAUAGGCCUCGCCGGCUUCUCGCACGACUUCGGCGCCAUCUACGGCAAGAAGUCUGCCGUGACUGACACCUUUGACGCUUUCUCGACUACGCCGCCAACCAAGUUCUACCGGUUCAUGUUCGUCGUCUUGGGUCUCGUGUUCCCGUGGUUCGUGAAUCUUCCCACGGCGCGCACGCAGAUUAGCAAGAAGCUCAACGACGCGAUGGCGGAGAUCGCGCAGGUCUUGCUCGAGCGUACGAGGCGGGAGAAGGAGCAGGGCGGAAAUGAAAUGGAGAAGGAUCGGAGCGUGAUCGGGACUUUGUUGAGGGCAGAAACAGCAGGGACCGAAUUGCACCUAUCCCAUCAAGAGAUUUUGGAUUCGAUGAAAGUCUUGCUUCUCGCAGGAUAUGAAACGACUUCCACUAGUCUGACGUGGGCGCUUAUUGAGCUUUCAAAGAACCAAAAGGCACAGUCCAAAUUGCGCGAAGAGCUCUCCCAGUUCUCAACGGGCGACCCGACGUACGACCAGCUGACAAGCGACUCGCUGCCCUACCUCGACGGCGUCGUGCACGAGAUCCUCCGCCUGCAUCCCGUAGCCAACGAGGUGCCGCGUGUUGUCGUAGAAGACGACAUCAUGCCGCUCUCCGAACCCAUCCUCGACGCCUCGGGGAAAACGAUCGCGAGCGUGGCCGUCGCGAAGGGUACGAACAUAGCCAUCCCCGUCGAGGGCAUCAACCGCUCCGAGGCGCUGUGGGGCCCCGACGCGAAGGUGUUCAGGCCCGAGCGGUGGCUCGAGGACGGUUUACCAGACGGCAUCCCGCCGCAGGUGAAGGGUGUGCAGGGAUACCGCCACCUGCUGACGUUUAUUGAUGGGCCGAGGAUAUGUCUGGGGAGACACUUUGCUGUGGCGGAGUUCAAGGCGGUCUUGUCAGUAUUGAUCAGGAACUUUACGUUCGAUUUUGCGACUCCAGACGCAAAAGUCGAGGUCAUCAGAAGUUUCCUGUUCCGUCCCAAGGUCGUUGGAGAGCAAGGCGUUGACGUGCCUCUGCGUAUUCGUCGCAUCGAGUGAAGGAGUCGGGAUAUGGACUUUGGUUUUAGCUGUACUCUUACAUUAACUUAAAAACGGACCACCAGUCUCUUGUAUCCAUAGCACAACCCCCGCUCAGUCCAAUACCACUAUAUACCCUUCCUGCCUUCCUGGUCCUCACAAUCUCGCAACCUGCUCCUGCUCCUCCCACAAACUCCAGAUAUACCCCUUAUCCGCCGGAAUCCCAUCCCCAACAACACGCUUAUACGCCUCCUCGACCUUCUUCGCCCCAGACACGCGCACCAUCUCCAGCCCCCAGCUGCCGCAGUCCCGCAUGAGCCCCGCCCACGCCUCCUUCUGCAUCUGCGCGAUCUCUUCGACGCUGAGCUGCGCGCGGCGCCGCUGGAGCCACUCGGGCAUGAAGAAGCUCUGCAUCUUGGCCUGCUCUUGUUGACUGGACGCGUCAUUUUGGGACUCGACGAUCGCAUCGGACGACUUGGGUGCGUCCGCGCUUGCGAACUUGGUCGACGACGGCGCGACACUCGACAGGCCGAUCGAGAUCGCGCCCUCCUUCAGAACAGCGCCUCCGAGAUGGGAGAGCACGUCUUUGUUGGUGUCUUCGUUCCCAGCGACGUCGACGUAGAUCCAUUUCCCAUUCGCGGGUGAGAUGUCCCCGGAGCUGCGCAGGUUAGGAUACGUCACGACGACGUCGUACAGCCCCAGCCGCUCCGUAAACGCCUUGUUGCGCUCAGAUGUCAGUCCAACGAGAAGCAGCUCCUCCUUAGCAAUGUUCUCCCGCUUCCGACGCUCCCGCACGCAGUAAGCGAUGCAGAACGCCGUCUUGGACGACGCGGAGCUGAGUAGCACCCGGUUCGCUCUCUCGCUCUCUACCUCGCCCGCCCCAGCGCCUUUAGCGCGAAGAAGCGCAGAGAUGCCCCUGUACCCCGACUCAUGCAGACAGUCCUCGAACCAGAACGCGGUCCAGUACAGCGGGCGGUAGAGCAUCGUCAGAUCCUCAAUCUUCCCAUCGGGAUUAUACAUCGGGUCCGCCGCGCACCGUGUGAUCAUGUUAUACGGUCGUCUAU